AUGAGCAGAUUUGAAGUGGUCCCAGCAAUCCCACCAACUGAUGUUGUUCUUUUGUUCAACUUGCCCCAAAUUCAGUUUGUCGCCUCGAAUCGAACGAGUGCACUCGGCUCAAGUUCAGCCUUGAAGGAGUCAGUCAAGUUAUCGGGCCAUUCGGACGACAGUCCGUCCACCGAGUCGCCCAGCGGGGAUGGCCUGCCUCUGGCGUUGCUGGCACCGGCGGCGGCUUGUCAUCCAAUGGCCAGCCUGGAAGCCGAGGAGGCGGGUAAAAAGGAGAAGGGGGAGGAGGAGGAGGAGGAGGAGGACGACGACGACGAGGAGCACGUUCAGUCGGACUGUCUCCGGCAGCGGCGGCGUCGGCGCCGGCGGCGCGGCAGACGAGGUUUGCAUCGACGUUGCUAUCGUCGGUCGCCAGGGCCGUCGGGCCGGAGAUGCUGGCCGGAGAAGCGGGAGUCUCUAGACGAGUGUGAUGGGGGCGAGGGGGCCGAUAUGAGUGGGCUGGAGGCGGGUGUGAAUGCGGAGGAGAGUGGCGAUGAGUUGGUCGAGACCGAGGCUAGCAUAAGCACGGACUCGGACGCCUCAAGCCUGCAGACGAGUCGACCGAGAAAACGGCUUCGAGCUUGCGACCGCGAUCAGACGUCGCCGGAGACGGCGGCGGUUACCGCGACCGGCCGAUUGGCAGACGAAUCGACGGCCGGUCGACGUCGCUCGAGUCGGCGUCAUUCGCGACGCGGGCCCUUCGACUCGACGGGAGGCGAAUUGUUGCUGCACCGCUUUUUGAUGAGCGCCGCCGCCGACUCUGUCGGUGGACGAGGCUCGACGGCAGCCGCCACAGCGGCCGCCAGCGCAGUCGCCAAUCUGCUCCAACAGACGGUCGCCGCGACGACGGCGCUUGCUCUGCCCUCGCUGGCCGCCAUGAACGCCGCCGGCGAUGCCGCGUCGGCUCGAGUAGGCGUGCCGCCGGCCGGACUUGUCGGCCAACUGCUCGCCUACUGCCUGGCCGGCCGAGCCGGCUUCGACGAGACGCAGCCCAAACCGACGUCGUCGGCCGGUCCGGCCGCCUCUGCCACGUUGGCGUCGUCUGCGCCGGCAGCCACCGCCUGCGCCUCCUCCUCCUUUGGCCCCCGACCCGCCGCGCCCCCCUUUUCCGGUCUUCCAGUCGCCAUCUCGACAGCCGCCACCACCACGCCCCGCCAUUUACAGCCCACCUCCACGCAUGACCACCGGCCCGGCGGCCACUUCCUCUGCCCGAUUGGCCAGCCGUCGCCGCUGCCUCCG